AUGGGCAAGUCUAAAGUGAUGCCGGGGACGGUGGACACCGCGGAGGCGGACAAGGCCACACCGAAAUCUAUUAUUAUUUACAGAGGUGAGGUUGGAAACAACGUUCGUGCUCUCAUGCAUGAUUGGCGUGCCGUCUUCCUUCCCUGGAGCAGCAGGAAUCUCCACGGCAAGAACAGUUCUCUUAAAGACUUUCUGGCCAUUGCCUCAACAUUUAGUGUCUCCCACCUACAGUUAUUUACGGCACCUUCGCAUGGAACGUCACUACGUAUCAUGCGGUUUGCGAACGGUCCGACGUUGUACUUCCGUGUCCUUUCCUUUACGUUGCGUCAUGAGAUUGUCGCGACACAACGCCGUCCCAUUUCACUCAACCAAGCCGUCUGGGAGGCGGCACCUAUUGUCGUCUUAAACAACUUUACCCACCCGGAUGCACGGCGGCGCCCUGAAGUGCCGUUGUUGGAGGCAACUUUUAGGGGCAUGUUUCCAACGGUGAACAUUCAGUUGGUGAAGAACUCCGACAUUCAACGCGUGUGCCUCUUUCACUACGACCAUGUGGAACAUCUUGUGGAGGUGCGACACUAUUUUAUCAAUGCGAAGGCUGUGGGCGUCAGUAAAACAGUUAAAAAGCUUCUUGAGCGCCGUUGCCCAACGAAGCUUGGGACUUUGGAGUCUAUCGACGAUGUUCUUCACCGUGAAGAUGUGUGGUCCGACACGGACGGUGAGGGGGAGGAGGUGCCACUCGCCCAGCCAUUUCGUCAGCACCGCGAACAAUGCCGCAUUAAACUGCACGAGAUUGGCCCUCGCCUCACAUUGCAGCUUGUGAAGGUGACAAACGGGUUUGCCGGUGGCGAAGUGCUGUUUCAUAGGUUUGAGAGCAAGACACCGACAGAGGUGGCAGAGAAUGCCGUGAAGGUUCGCGCAAGGCGAAGCGAAAAGGCCAAACGAAAGGCUGAACAGGACGAAAAUGUGCGCCGAAAACAGAACAUGAAAGAAGAACGCCUGCGAGCAAAGCGGCUGCGACGCGAAGAGACCAUGCGGCAGCAGGCGGAGAACCCCUUGGAGGUUGUGGAUUCCGGUUAUGGCGCCGACGCGGAGUAA